AUAGAUUGCUUAUCAGAUCAACUGUUUUUUAUUAUCAGUCUGCCAGGACUUGUGAUACUUCAUAGUACGUUCCUAUAGCCAUACCAAUAGACUAUACUGGUAGACGUGGGGAUAUUGACAGAGUUCCUUGUACCUACAUUUUUGUAUAUUGUCAUUGGUUGUGUGGUUACUUUACAUAAUCAAAUCUGUAUAAUUUUACGACUCCAAGGAGCAAUGGAUUUUAUUGAUUGAUGCUGUUUAGUAGACCAGCACCUUGAAUUGGAUUACCGGUAUCCAGUCCCAAGGUUGUCUGCUAUUGUCACACAGCAAAGAUGGCUGAACAAUCUCCCGAAAACGAUACAUAUGGCAAAUACCUGAAUUUGAAAGAUGAACAAGAAAGAGUUCAAAAGAAGACCUUUACAAAUUGGAUGAACUCGGUGCUUGCCAAGCACACACCACCACAACAUGUUGAUGACAUAUUUGUUGAUAUCCGAGAUGGAACAAAAUUACUAGCAUUACUGGAAUCCCUCUCAGGUGAAUCCCUGAAAUAUGAAAAAGGAAAGAACUUACGGCGGUUACAUUUUCUCAGUAAUAUCCGAACUGCAUUGGCAUUCUUGGAAGGCAAGAAGAUCAAAAUGGUGAACAUCAAUGCAUCUGAUAUUGUUGAUGGAAAGCCCUCUAUAGUUCUAGGACUUGUCUGGACUAUCAUUCUGUACUAUCAGAUUGAGGAACAGACCAACAUAUUAGCCAAACAGAUCUUGACUGGACAACCCACGGAAACUGAUGGUCAACCGCCGACCAAAAAGAAAGCUGGACUACAAGCUGCCAAAACAGGCGCCAAGAAAGCACUGUUGAAAUGGGCACAGAGAGCUGCAGCCAAGAGAGUAGACCGUGCAGUGGGUGGCGAUGAUGAUAAUAUGGACACAAGAACUACCAGCACUGACAUCAAAGACUUUGGCAAGAGUUGGAGAGAUGGUAUGGCAUUUAAUGUGAUGAUUCACAGCAUACGACCGGAACUCAUAGACCUGGCGUCAUUGCAACCCAAAACCAAUGAACAGAGAUUGGACAAUGCAUUCACAGUCGCUGAGAGGGAUCUUGGCAUUCCACAGCUACUUGAUCCAAAAGAUGUGGAUGUAGACAAACCAGAUGAGAAAUCUAUCAUGACUUAUGUCUCACAGUUCCUGAAAGAAUAUCCAGAAGUGGGAGAUGACGAGUCCUCAUCGUUAAUGGGUUCUGUGCGUGAUAUGCAUGCUGUAGCUAAGGAAGAAGAGUCACUUUAUCAGGAGAUUCUGGACCAUGUUCUCAGAGCUGAAGCCGUUCUUGUCAUGGCAAAGGAAGGAAAAAUGAAUAAACUUGAAGAAUAUGAGCAAUAUGAAGAACUAAGUGAGGUCCAUGAACACAAGAAAAAAGCCUACGUAGUAUUUGUCACAAAAUAUGAAAAUAAAGUCCUUGUCUCAAUCACUGAAGAAAAAGUAGUCACCAUCUGCGAAAGAUGGGAGAGAGUAACUAGGCAAGUCAUAGCCUGGAAACAAGCCAUUGAUGCCACUAUGCCCAAACCAUUGAUGUAUUUGAUUAAAUGGAUUGAAAGAGCUGAAGUACUAGUGAAGGUUGAACCAACUAUCCAAAAAGAUAAUUAUGAAGAAAGUGCUAAAGAAAUCAAAAGCAAGUUGAGUGAACAUAUGGGAUUUUUUAAAGAUUCUGACAGGGCGAAAUCAGUUUUAGAGGAAAUAUGUGAAAGUGGUCAGUGUGAAGGAACAAAACUCCCAUCAUCACAGCUUAAUAAAAUGGCAACUAGACUUGACAAUGUCCUUCCGACUGCCAAACGAAGACAGUUGAAACUUCAGUAUGAAGAGUUAAAAUAUGGCAUGUUAGGAUUUGUUGUGAUGGCGGAGAGAAGGUUGAAAUCGUGGACUGUCAAAUAUGGAAACCAAGAAAAUGUUGAAGCAUUGCUUGAUAAUUACAUGGAUUUUAUUGAAAAGGAUAAAUUCUUUCAAAGAUAUGAGUCAGGGUUUCAGCAACUGCAGGCAGUAGCAGAGGCCUAUUACAAUGGUAUCCAAGAUGCCGAAGAAAAAUCAAAGGUUCGUAAAUUUGUAAAUGAACAAGGUACAAAGAUGAAGAACCUUUCUGUAGAGAUACAUAGUGUAGAAAGUAUGCUAGAUAAAGUUCUCCAAAACUGGACCAACUACAACAGAUCAGUGGAAGAACUGCAGGCAUGGUUGGAACAUGCUGAAAGAGUUCUCACACAGCCUCAUGAAGCUAGAAAGGAGUUCUUUCGAGACCUCCAGACUUGGAUGGACAAACAUACACUACUAAAUGACUCAGGUAACUUCCUGAUAGAAGUAUGUAAAGAAGACGUCUCUUUCGACAUCAAACAACAAUUACUGCUUUUGAAUAGAAGAUGGAAAGACAUCUUUGAACAGGGAAAAAUUUACAUGAAAGAAGAGGAGGCCGAAAGAUUACAGAGACAGACUUAG